UAUGGAGUAUAUAUAAAGAUCGAUUAUUUGUGUAAAUAGAAUUGUUUUUUGUAACAACCGCAGACUACGACGAUGAGUCUUCUCCUGCUGAUAAUAUCCGCUAUUAGUGUUAUUAUAUUCUGUAAGAUUGCAUGGAUAAUGUGCGCCUAUAAUACCAUGCGGAAAAAACUUAGCCAUAUUCCCGGAACCGUUGAUUAUUCUUUUUUUGAAAUAUUAUUUAAUUCGAUCAGGUCUCAGGAUGAACAAAUGAAAUUUUUUCUAUCGCUUGUACAUAAAAACAAAGAUGGGCUUUACACAACUUGGAUAGGACUGCAUCCAAUAAUUUGCGUAUUUAAACCAAAAUUUUUAGAAAGCAUUCUCAAAAGUUACACACAUGUUGAGAAAGCGGAACUAUAUGACUACUUCAAACCAUGGCUAGGUAAUGGGCUUGUUACUGCUCCAGUUAAACAGUGGUAUAGAGAUAGAAAAUUAUUUUUGCCUCUAUUUCAUUUUAAUAUACUGGAACAAUACGCUGUCAUAAUGUCCAAAAAAACGGAAAUUAUAAUAAAAUGCAUUGAAGAAAAGUUAGCAGAAGAUUCGACGAAAAUUAUUGAUAUUAUUCCAUUUAUACAAAAGACCGCUUUCAACAUUAUAUGUGAAACUAUGCUGGGUGUAAAUGUAAGUGAUGAACAACUUACGUCAUAUCGAUUGGCUUUAAAAAGAUAUAUGAAACUACAUGCAUUGCGUGUAGAACGAUUAUGGCUGUGGAUGUAUGAUUGGAUAUAUUAUUCAUUACCUCAGGGACGGGAAUAUAAAGCAACAAUUAACAGUAUGCAUAGCAUUACGGAUGAGAUAAUACGAAGGAAAAAACUCGCGCGUAUGCAGAACAAUAAAUCACAAAAUAAGCAGGAUGAUUCCAAUACACUAGACAAGCAGAAAAGAAAAGACUUCCUAGAUCUUUUACUGGAUAUGAAUGAGAAAGAUGGCGAUUCAUUAACUAAUGAAAACUUGAGAGGACACGUGACUUCAACCAUAUUUGCAGGUCAUGACACAACAGCGAUGUCCGUCAGUUGGGCGCUCUUUUGUAUAGGCAAUAAUCUCAAAUGUCAAGAGAAGAUUCAUGAAGAACUAAAGGAGAUUUUCAAAGAUUCGCAGAGACCAGCCAGCGUAAAGGAGCUUUCACAAUUAAAAUAUCUUGAAAGGGUUAUAAAAGAAUCACGCAGGUUAUAUCCAAGCAUACCCACAGUUUUAAGAAAAAUAUCAGAAGACGUAAAGAUGGACAAUUAUGUAAUUCCGAAAGGUACUUCGGUCGCAGCGCCAAUCCUGUUGGUCCAUCGAAACCCAGCAGUCUGGUCGGAUCCAUUAAAGUUUGAUCCGGAUCGAUUUCUACCUGAGAAUUUAAAGCACAUACAUCCGUACGCUUACAUCCCGUUUAUCGGUGGACCAAGAAACUGCAUGGGACAAAAAUUCGCUGAAACCGAAGAAAAAAUCAUAUUAGCAGCAAUAUUCAGAAAGUGGAGAGUGAAGAGUAUGAAAACACAUGAGGAAAUGACCCUACACAAUAAUAUAACUUUGCGACCAAGUGAGGGAUUUAUAUAUCUUCAAUUAUUGCCGAGAGAAUAAAGAGAGCUAACACAGUGUUUAAUGCUAGAAAUAUACGAUUUAUUAUAAUUAAUCAGACUUUAUAAACAAAAGAUAAGAAUUUAUAAACAAAAAACUUCUUUUUACUUCUCUUUCUGUAUAAUCUCAUUGUAUCGCGAGACAGCAAUUUAUUGUAUAUAUACUCUGUCCAAUGAAAGAAUGACCUCGGGUCGGACGAAAAUUCGUCUGUUUCGCGCAGGUCUCCAUCCACAGAAGCCGUAUCUACGUAUACGGUAUUGAGUACUUCGCUAUGUUCUCCCCACUUUGCCUGCCUAUGCGCAGACUGAGGUCAUUCUCUCUCUGGACAGAGUAUAGUAUCGCCAAUCUAUAAAUUGCCUCAAAUGCGCAGCAUGUACAAUAAUACACUAGAAUAAAUUUGCUAAGGCAAA